AUGGCCUACAGCGGGCAGGAAGGGAAGGAUCGAGUCAUAUUUGUGACCAAAGAAGACCACGAAGGUGCCAGCAAUGCAGAGCUGGUGGUUAACGACCCCAAUGAUCCCUAUGGGGAGUAUGGAUUGACCCUGCCAAACGGAGACAUUAACUGGAAUUGUCCAUGCUUUGGGGGAAUGGCCAGUGGCCCCUGUAGAGAGCACUUCAGGUCUGCAUUUUCCUGCUUCUACUACAGCACCGACGAAACCAAGGAGUUCAACUGUAUAGACCAGUUCCAGGCCAUGCAGGAGUGCAUGCAGAAAUACCCGGACAUCUAUCCCCAAGAAGAGAAUGAGUACAGGGAUGAAGAUGAAGAUGAAGAUGAGUACAACAAUGAGGACGAGGACAGCUUCUACCAGGAGGUCCAGGAGGAGGAGGAGGAGGAAGAGGAGGAGGAAUACAACGAUUUUGAUGACUACUACGAUGAAGGUGAGGAGGAGGAGGAGGAGGAGGAGGAGGAGGAGGAGUACUACGAAGAUGAGGAAGAUGACUAUUACGAGGACAAGUACUAUGAGGACUAUUACUAUGAUGAGAACAACUACUCUAAGGAGGAGGACUGCUACUCCAUGAAGGAAGACGACGACAACGACGAGGACGACGAGGACGACGACCUCUACUAUGAGGUUGACUACGAGGAGGAAGAAGGGGAGGAAGAAGACGAUGAGGAAGUGUACUAUGAAGCUAACUACUAUGAGGCUGACUACUACGAGAGGGAGGAAGAGCAGGAGGAAGAAGAGGAUCCGGCAGAGUCUGCGGAGGGAGCAGUUGCCACUGAGGCCUCUGCAGCCAAAAAGCAGAAAGCUUGA